UCUUUAUUUGGUACUCACUGGUUCUUUUUUUCAUUUGUUCAGGUUGAGACGUCGACAAAAGCAUGGCCAAGCAUCACCCUGACUUGAUCAUGUGCAGGAAACAGCCAGGAAUAGCUAUUGGGCGCCUUUGCGAGAAAUGUGAUGGCAAGUGUGUCAUCUGUGAUUCUUAUGUGCGUCCUUGCACACUGGUACGAGUUUGUGACGAGUGCAACUAUGGUUCCUUUCAGGGCCGUUGCGUGAUCUGUGGAGGUGUGGGUAUUUCUGAUGCUUACUAUUGCAAAGAGUGUACUCAGCAGGAGAAAGACAGGGAUGGAUGUCCUAAGAUUGUCAAUCUUGGUAGUGCAAAGACUGAUCUGUUCUAUGAACGUAAAAAAUAUGGUUUCAAAAAACGAUAGUACGGGUUUUUUUGGUUUGUCUAGUGGCAUUGUUUACUCGAAGUGUCCCUACGGAUAGGAUGGUGUUAAAAUCUGGAGUCAAUUUUACCAGAUGGGAGAUUAUGUACUUGUAUUUUAUGUGCCAACAUCUUGUUUAGGCAAAAAAGUAAAUGUUGAAUAUAUAAAUUUCUGUUGUUUGGA